AUGGACGGAGUGUAUUUCGAUGAGAACGGGGAGCUGGCGGCUGACUUGGACAUUGUGAACUGGGUGUUGUUUCGCAAUAAGUCCCUCCAUAGGGUAAAGUUUGGGAGUUUAUGCAGACAGGGAUCCACAGACCAAAAGUUCACCAUCAACCAGGAUGCCAUUGUGUGGCCCAAAUGGUUCAACCAGACCCUGCCUCCUUCCAGGUGUGUGGAAAGCUGCCUGCCCGGAUCUUUCAAGGUGGUUCAGGAAGGAAAGCCACUUUGCUGCUAUAACUGCCUUCCCUGCACAGAAGGGACCAUCUCCACUCAGGAAGAUGCUGAGCAUUGCAACAAAUGUCCAGAACAUCGACAUCCAAACAAGGACCAAGAUCAGUGUGUCCCCAAGAUCAUCACCUUCCUGUCCUAUGAGGAAUAUCUGGGAAUCAUCCUGGCUUCCUUUGCUCUGUUCUUGUCCUUGACCACAGGUUGCACAUUAGGAAUCUUCAUUAAAUUCCUAGACACUCCCAUAGUCAAAGCCAACAACCAGGACCUCUCCUACAUCCUCCUCAUCUCCCUCCUGCUCUCCUUCUUGUCCUCCUUCCUCUUCAUCGGCCGACCAAACAAAGCAACCUGUCUUCUCCGACAAACAGCCUUCAGCAUUAUCUUCUCAGUUGCCAUCUCUUCUGUCUUGGCAAAAACCAUCACUGUGGUGUUGGCCUUCCUAGCCACAAAGCCAGGGAACAAAGUGAGGAGGUGGCUGGGGAAGAGUCUGGCCAACUCCAUUGUCAUUUCCUGUUCAAGUGUCCAAGUUGUCAUCUGCACCAUCUGGCUGGCCAUCUCUCCCCCAUUCCCAGAGUCUGACAUGCACUCCCAGCGUGGAGAGAUCAUCCUGCAAUGCAACGAAGGGUCUGUUGCCAUGUUUUAUAUUGCUCUUGGCUACAUGGGCUUCCUGGCUACCAUCUGCUUCACGGUGGCUUUCCUGGCCAGGAAGCUGCCUGGGGCCUUCAAUGAAGCCAAGCUGAUCACCUUCAGCAUGCUGGUCUUCUGCAGUGUUUGGGUGUCCUUUGUGCCCACCUACCUGAGCACGAAGGGGAAAUACAUGGUAGCUGUGCAGGUCUUCUCCAUCUUGGCCUCCAGUGCUGGGCUCCUGGGCUGCAUCUUCAUUCCCAAGUGCUACAUUAUUCUCCUGAGGCCUGAUCUGAACACAAAGGGGCAGCUGACGACAAAAACUAAAGUAGAAACCUGA